ACUCUGGAUCGUUUAAAGCUGUUCUCCCUCCAGGAAAGUGAAUCUGGGUUAGUGACGACACUUCCCCUUCUCCUCUCGGAUUUAUCCCAGAAGUUUUUUUUCUCCCCCCUCUCACAUCCAGUGCGCUGUGAAGUCAACUUUUCUCUCCUUUUUUCCCCCAUUUUAAAGUAAAAACACCAUCAUGUCGCCGCCGUCUCGACGGCUUCAGACGAAGCCAGUGAUCACCUGCCUGAAGACUUUCCUCAUCUCCUACAGCCUCAUAUUCUGGUUCACAGGCGUGAUCCUGCUGGCCGUCGGCGUGUGGGGGAAGGUGAGCCUGGAGGCCUAUUUCACUCUGGCCUCCGAGGAAAGCACGAAUGCACCAUAUGUCCUCAUCGGGACCGGAGCCACCAUCGUUAUUUUCGGACUGUUCGGUUGCUUCGCUACAUGCCGUGGGAGCCCAUGGAUGCUCAAACUGUAUGCCAUGUUUCUGACCUUGGUGUUCCUGGCCGAGCUUGUGGCCGGCGUCUCCGGCUUUAUCUUCCGACAUGAGAUCAAAGACAAGUUGGGCGUUGCCUAUAAAAACGCUGUGGCGUCCUACAACAACAGCACAGACAGCAGCAACAUUGCGGUUGACGCCAUCCAGAGGACUUUGCAUUGCUGCGGGGUGAACAAUUACACUGACUGGGGCGAGACGGCUUACUUUAAAGACAACGGCAUCCCUGCCAGCUGCUGUAAAGACGACCUCAACUGCCCACCGGAGACCCUGCACGACCUCGAAAAGGCUGGGAAAGAGGUGUACACAGUGGGCUGCUUCGCACGAGUGACCCAUGUGAUGGAGUCCAACCUGGGAAUCAUCGCAGGGAUUUCUUUUGGGAUUGCAUUCUUCCAGCUCAUUGGGAUAUUCCUGUCCUGCUGCUUGUCUCGAUACAUAACCAACAACCAGUAUGAGAUGGUCUAACAGCGACCUUCCACAGGUCACUGAUGGGCUGCUCCUGAUGCAAACUGAGUUGAAAGAAUCUCCUGUGAUUUUAAUAUUGUGUGCGUAUUAGUUGAUAUUAUUUUAGAGAGGGAAAAACACUCGCUGCUUCUUCUUUUAUUCAGUAAAUGGCAAAUGAGCAGAAAGGAAAUAAUGUUAAAGGAAAUCCAAAAAGGGACGUCAUCUGCAGUGUAGUUUGACCAAAUAUUUAAAGGGACCUUCUGAGAUAAUUUGUUACUCCUGAGAUAUAAUUAGGGAUUUCUAUCAAGCGUAGAUGUUACAUUCAUUUGAGUGAAUUAACUCGACCAAUUGUCAACAUUUCUAUUUCUUGUGUCUUUGUAUAAUGCAGCUGCCUGUUUUUGUAAUUUUGCUUUAAAAAAACAAUUUAGCCUGUAGCCGAGCAGAUGAAAUCUAGUCAAUAAGCUGAUAAAUGUUAAACUUCUCUGCAACACUAAGUGAAUUUCUGUGAAACCAACAUAAGUCUGAGAGACGGACGAAGAGGUCGCCACCCUGAGAAGAAGUGUGUGUGUGUGAUUCACAGUAAGGACUUGAAAAGGAGCCUUACUGAUUACGUAGGCCAGUAUUGUUGAAAGACCGCAUUCAUGUGUGCCAAUUACAGUUGCCAACUUUAUAUCUUCUUCAGUGUUCAGUGUUAAUUUGUUAUUCGUUUGUGAAUGCAUGUGAAAUACUUGAAAGAAAAAAUAAAGAUUGAAUUUAGUAUCUUU